CAGCGCGGCCAGAGGGAGGAGUGGAGCGGAUCGCCGAGCCCGAGAGUGCAGCGGCCGCGGAGGAGGAGGCGGCAGGCGGAGCGGCAGCGGCACAGGCUCCCGGCCAACCCAGCGCGCAUCCCCAGUGCCCUGCGCUGCGGAGAGCUCGGAGGAGCGCGGGAGCAGCGACACAGGAGUGGACAAAGCAAGAUGGCAGGGAUCUUAGCCUGGUUCUGGAACGAGCGGUUUUGGCUUCCGCACAAUGUCACCUGGGCAGACCUGAAGAACACGGAGGAAGCCACCUUCCCGCAGGCGGAGGACCUUUACCUCGCCUUCCCCUUGGCCUUCUGCAUCUUCAUGGUGCGGCUCAUCUUCGAGAGAUUCAUAGCCAAACCAUGUGCCAUAGCCCUCAACAUCCAAGCCAAUGGACCACAAACUGCCCAGCCAAAUGCCAUUCUGGAAAAGGUCUUCAGUGCCAUAACAAAGCAUCCUGAUGAGAAGAGAUUAGAAGGGCUCUCCAAGCAGCUGGACUGGGAUGUUCGGAGCAUUCAACGCUGGUUUCGACAAAGACGCAACCAGGAAAAACCCAGCACUCUGACCAGGUUCUGUGAGAGCAUGUGGAGAUUUUCCUUUUACCUCUAUGUAUUUAGCUACGGAGUCCGAUUCUUGAAACAGACCCCUUGGUUGUGGAAUACAAAACACUGCUGGUAUAACUACCCUUACCAGCCACUCACUGCUGACCUUCACUACUAUUACAUCCUGGAGCUGUCGUUUUAUUGGUCUUUAAUGGUUUCCCAGUUCACAGAUAUCAAAAGAAAGGACUUCGGCAUUAUGUUCCUGCACCACCUUGCAACAAUUUUCUUAAUCACCUUUUCAUAUGUCAACAACAUGGCCCGCGUAGGGACCCUGGUCCUCUGUCUUCACGACUCAGCUGAUGCUCUGCUAGAGGCUGCCAAAAUGGCAAAUUACGCCAAAUUUCAGAAAAUGUGCGAUCUCCUGUUUGUCCUGUUUGCCGUGGUUUUUAUCACCACACGGCUGGGCAUAUUUCCUCUCUGGGUGUUGAAUACCACAUUAUUUGAAAGUUGGGAGAUCGUCGGACCCUACCCUUCCUGGUGGGUUUUUAACCUGCUGCUCUUGUUACUACAAGGGAUGAACUGCUUCUGGUCUUACCUGAUUGUAAAAAUAGCUUGCAAAACUGUUUCAAAAGGCAAGGCUGGGAAGUGGAACCCUUUACAUGUGUCCAAGGAUGACCGGAGUGACAUUGAAUCUAGCUCAGAUGAUGAGGACUCAGAGCCUCCAGGAAAGAAACCACACUCUUCGACAACCACCAACGGAACCAGCGGUACCAAUGGGUACCUCCUCGCUGGUCCUUGUUCCAUGGAUGGUUAAUUACCCAAAACUAUAAGUUCUGAACAAAGGGAACUGUUUGUUCCUGGAAGUAUUUAAUAAUUUGCAAAUGCAGUUCCUUUCAUGAUAUCUCAUUACCAGAGACAAAAAUUAGGAUUCUUGGAGCAUUCUGAAUAGUGUACUGCCAUGUGUCCUGUCUGUGAAUGAAGAAAUCCAUUCUUUCUAUGUAGGCAUGCUGUAUGUAACUGACACAGGGAACAGUAUUUGCAUUUGUCUUAGGAUAUUAUUUAUUUUUUUAUUUGUUUGUAAAUCUGUGGACAGACGAGGAUUCCCUCACUCCUUUUAUUCUCUGGGCUCAUGAUUGACAGUAAAGAUGUCCCAUCUGUACUCCUUUACCACACUGUAGUCCAGUGUGCCAUGAGCAUCAGCUUACUUUACUCCUUAGAGCAAGUAAAAUCCCAUGCAAGAUCCUCACACAGUUCCCAGUAGCUUGGCAUUCUUUAUGUUCUGCACCCAUUUUAUAAUUGUCCAUAUAGCUGGUAACCAUUGUCCUACGUGAGUCUGAACAGGAUGAACCAGGUGUUUUCGUUGCCUCUCUUUGUGAUUAAUUAGCAGUUCAAAUGAAAGAGAGUGGAGGCUAUGGGGGGACUUUUGAAUUUUACAGGAAACUGCCUUGGAAUAGAGUUUGUCUCUUGUGCACAAACAUGAGAUUUCUUUUCUGUGGUAGGUAGUCCGGAGUUGACCAUGUUGGUAACAAAGCGAUUUUGCCCUCCAGUGAAGUCAUUGUUCUGAGUAUAAAACAGUGUCACUUGCAUAAGUUCCCAGAUACAAAGGGACACACAUACUGUGUUCUGGGAAUCUCAUAAGGAUAGCUACUGACUUCAACCCGGUCUUGCCAUGACUUCUACCAUGUUAGCCCAGUCUUCUGUCCUGACAUAUAAAAAAGAGGAAGCCAAGAAUAUUCUAAGGCAAGGAAAGAAAGUCUUAUGGGAGUUGGCAAAGACUUCCUUCCCUUCAGAGCACUUUAUUGCCACCAACUUUCAAGAGAAAGCCCUAUCUAGUAUUAGACUUUGUAUUUUGCUGAGCAAAAUAAAUCGAAUGGGAGAAAGAUGAUUAACCCUUUGCCUUCCUCCUCAAAUGCAUCCCAUAAUGACUUUCUUGUUAGAAGCAUCCACCCCACCGGGCAAAUCUGUCCUAUUACCACUCUGACGACUUGUGGGGGCUCCUGGGAAUUUCUCUUCAAGUGGAGCUAUUUCCAGAAAAACAGUAAAAGUUCUACUGGAGAAUGGCAGUGACAGCUGUGGGGAAAAUCACCAAAGAGUAAGUCACAAGCCCCCACCCACCCACCCAUCCACAGCCAGUGUCACUUUUGUGCGGCUACAGAAACCACACAGAUGAGCCAAGGAUUUGAUCCCAUAUCAUCUUCGGUAAAAAAGGGAACUGAAUGGGAGUACAAGUUCUCAUGAGUCAAACAUCACCUAAAACAGGACUCCAAACCAAUCGGCACUGAGGAGCCAACAGCAAAAAUGUUACGGUGCAUGACAGUCCUUCUCAGAGCCACCCACACUCCAUUUUGUUCUCUUAAAUUAAAUCUGCAUACCCAUACUUUGAAGCCUAUGAGUUAACAAUUAAGAGGACUCCCAAAGAACUCUCGCUGCAAUAUUAAAUCUUUCUCUGCCUAAUUACAAAACAGUAUUUUCUGGUAUGGUCCAGACAGUAAUUUUAAGAGCUCGGAAACAUGUCUACUAGUUACCACAGAAGACAGUGUAACUGACUGUGUAUUUUGAGAUUUCUUGAUUUAUUAACCAAAAUAGCUAUAUAUCUAUGAGUGAAACUUGAGAAAGUGUUUGAGGUUGUGAGACCAGUGAUAAGACACCAGAGAUAAUGUUAGUAAUCAGAGCAUUUGCUCAAAUGCAAAUGGAUGGAAAAUAAUAGCAGGGUCAAGUCAGUGGAAGUUUGUCCUCAGCUAAGCUAAGGAGCCUACCCAUCUCCACUGGGGACAUCCUCCCAGGGGCAAGAUGGUUUUGACAACCACUGUGUACUUGUAUUUGAACCAUGUGACACUCUUUAGCACAGAAGAAUUUUAAGAUCAGUCUGUAAAUUCAAAAGAGGUAUAUAAAAUGAAGUAAGUUGAUCCCGUCCGUACCAAAGGCAGAUCUAAACCAUCUUUCCCACGGAAGUCACUGUGGGAGACUAGGGGCAUGCUUUCUGACUGACGCCUUUAGCUUGGCUCCGUCUCCAAUGUGUCUGUUGAUAUUUUUGUUGAUGUUGUUGUUGUUUCAUUUUUACCUUCGUGAGAAAAUAAUUCUGUUUGGCUAAAUGAAAUGGAGUUUGUAGGCUUUUUCUGGAAUAGAAUAUUAGUAUCUCUGUCUAAUGUUCUCCCAGAAAUGGACGAAUAAGACUGAGAACAGGCACCAUCUGAGGAAUCUUAUCCACAUACACAAGGUCAUGGCUCUCAGAAGUCUGACAUGUAAAUCCAGCUUUAGGUUAGUUCUGAGUGGUGUUCUAGGUAAUUAGCAUAGCUUGUGGUGAUGUCUCCUCCUUUCUGGUUGCAUCCAAAUUCCCCAGGGUACCAAAGUGUGUGUAGAAAGGACUCUAGAAAAAGUAACUUUCAUAGCUUACCUAGAUUUAGUGGGGGGGAAAAAGUAGGAAAUCAAGUAGAAUUUGGCCUUGAGUCAAUAAUUGAUAUAGCCAUGUCUGAUUUAUGUGUGUAUUUGUAUGUUUCUCCAAAAACUGAUAAAACUAAAUUAUUACUGAUUCAUCACUGUCAUCCAUAUUCUUGUCCUUAAAAAAAAUUCAUUCAACCAUGUCCUGUACAAACUUUCCUUCUCCUUAGUUUUACUUUGUACCAACUGAGAGUAAAAAAAAAAAACCUUUGAGCCUCUCAUUGACAGGGCUCUCUGAGAUAGAACCCAGGUCCUAGAGCAUCUGCUGCCACACAUAAGACACACCCAGUUCACUAUCACAGAUUCAGUCCUGUGGAUGUUGAGAGCAGAGGAGCAACUGCAAGGAUCAGUAUUGUGGGUCAUUCAAGUGCAUAUUGUAAAAGUACAAGUGACUGCCGUUAAUCCCAUGGUUCCAAUGUCUGCUGAACUACCAGACAAGGCCUAUCCCAGAUUAUCAUUAGAUUGUGCCAUUGGCAUCAAAUGCUGAUUGACAAGGCAGAAAAGACAGGGACCAAGCAAGACCAGUCAUCUCUAGUCCAUAUGGUAGGUGAGUCUCAAACUGGUAAACUUGUGUCUGAGUCAUAUACUUGGCAAAAGCACUGUGUGCUACCAUGGUCCCAAAAGGUGAUGACGUAGCCUAGGUACAGAGGCAGUACUGUCUGCUUGUGUGUAAGUACACGCACUGGUGUUCACAGAGUGACAAAAAUGUGGUCCCUGUUGUGACGUGACAUAUGCCUAUACUUUUUGAUCAAACUUAAUGUCUUUCCUUCAUUUUAGAUAGAAAGGUCUGAAUCUUCCACCUUACCUUUAAAUUUCAUUAUUAUUUGAGCUAAGGAAAAAUGAGACUUCGUUGUUAAAAAGGGCAUUGGAGUCCACCUGUGUCUUUGCUGACCAGCUCUUCUGAGAGAAUGAAUGGGCACCUUUGGUUGUCUCUAUCCCAGUUCAUAUUACUAGUCAUUUGGGGGUAAAUUAAUGUCAAAGUUAUCUGGAUAUUUGAGUAUUUUUCCUUAAUUUGAAGAAGAAAAUUAGUGUACAGAAUUACCCCAAAGGUAUGGAUGAGGGCCAUUUAUCAGAUGAUGGCAUUAUACCCAGAGAGGCCUCAAUGCCUUUGGAAAUAAGAGGUUAUGUGUUGGCACUUUAUGUACUGUUUGUGGUAUUAAGGCUCCUACCUGCCUUUCACUUUUUUUAUCUUUGGCUUAUUUCUGCUUAGUCAAUAAGUGAUCAUAGCUCUGCAAAGUUUCUAACACCCAAAUGAGAAAAACAUCAAACAAGACCAGAGUCAGCCUGAGGGGAAAGUGACCACUUUCUCAUCAAGUUCUUGUGUAGCAAGAAAGAAAUGCAGAUAGCUCCAACUACUGUAGUUGCCUUCAAGUAUGCUGUUCCUGUCAGGAAUAAUCAUAAAAGUUGUUAAAGUGAAACAAGACCUUUUCCUUAAAUGUAUUCUUCCCAGGAUCAGCUUCUCUUCCAGAGGUGAAAUUGUGCCAUUCUCCAAAUGCUGUGGACUAAGUAGCAAAAUUCUACCAAUCACAUUUUAGUUCCAUGAACUAAUGGGCUAAAAGGAGGGCCAGCCCUGUAGUUCACCUGUGUGUACAUAGCACCCACCUACCCCUAGGGGGCACCAGCAGAUGUGAGGGAGCCCUAGCCAAAGUUCUUGAAACUCCUUUAACCAAUAAUCAAAGGCAGCCACUUUUCAUGAAGAAAAUCAUAUUGAAAAACAUAAGUAAUGAGAUAUGUAGACACCCAAUAAGAAGGUUCACCUCCUGCAGGCUUUUGUGACUUGAUGUAACCCAAAGCCUUUGACAGGAAUGCAUUGGCAGAUGGUUGCAUUGAGACCCCUACCAAUGCCAAGAAGUUGCAAAAGCUUGGGCCACGGGUUGAGUUACAGCAUCUUUAUAGAAUCAGGCACUCUCGAGAUUGCUGGAAGUGAUGAGAGGGCUCUGUUAGCCUGGAGCUGGUCUCCUUUAUCUCAUUCACCAUAGCCCUUUUAGGCUUCUGGAACUCUGCUAACAUUUUUUUGCUUUCAGUUUACUAAUGACUGUUAGAUCAGCUCUUCCCAUCCCUUCUUCUCUGCCUGGUCCCAUUUUCAGUAGGUGGGAGAGGCUGUGCCCAUGUACACCUGUUUCCUUAACACAGGUCCACAAAUACUUGGCUUCCUGGAUUGUGUGUCCUCUGGGAACCAUGGUACAGUGUCAGUCAUCAUAGUUUCUGUGCUCAGUGAAAAAAUUCGAUUUCAUAUUUUUAUUCUCUUUACCUACCAUAAAUGUCAUAAACUGUAAAACUGUCCUUAAUGUGAAGCUUUUUUGGUUUUUUGGUUUGGUUUGGUUUGGUUUGGUUUGGUUUUUAGUGUUAGCUACAGAGCUCUGGAAUGGUUACAUUAUGAUUCUGGAAUGUUCGUUCAAAGCUUAAUUAACAUAAACGUGGACCACACUCCAGCUUAAUUCUCCUGUGCAUACAGUUCUCAUCACUCCUGUGGCCAGGUCCUAGUCAUUUACCUUCAUGACCUUUAGCUGUCAUAGAAAGGGAUGGUGGUUAAUUGGGGGAUUUAUUUCUCUUUUCUAGCUUUCCCUGGGGACUAGGAUAAGUGAUAGAACCUCAUUUGUUUUCUAAAGAUCAGAGCUCAGUGUGUGAGCAUCUGUCAGAAGUGGAAUGGUGUGCCAUUAGCCAAUUAGAAUCACCCCAUGUACUGUCACUGUGUUUUGCUGAUUUUUAUAUGGGAAUAUAAUUACUCGUUCUUGAUCUUUGGAAGUAAUUGUUAUUAUGAGGAUCAUUUUACUUUGGAAACACUUUCAUAAUAAAGAUAAACAUUAAGAGUACA